GCUGAUUUUGUCGUGCAAUUGGCUGUGACGGCGUUGGCUGUUUGGAGGAGGAGGAGGAGGAGGAGGAAAGUGGAAAGAUAUGUGGUGAGUGGGAGAUGAGUGGGUCGGGAAGAUGCGGAUAAUCUGCGAUGUCUGCGAGAGUGCUGCAGCUGUUCUCUUCUGUGCAGCUGAUGAGGCUGCCCUUUGCCGUCCCUGCGAUGAUAAGGUACACAAGUGUAAUAAACUUGCAAGCCGGCAUGUACGUGUAGGUCUAGCUGAUCCCAGUGAAGUUCCCCGCUGUGAUAUAUGCGAAGUGUCACCGGCUUUUUUCUAUUGUGAAAUAGAUGGAAGCUCCCUAUGCUUGCAAUGUGACACCAUUGUGCAUGUUGGGGGAAAAAGAACUCAUGCAAGAUACCUUCUGUUGAGGCAGAGGGUUGAGUUUGUUGCCAAUAAACAUGGGCAGGUUGAGGAUGGAAGUUUACAAAAGUUUUUUCAGCAUGCUAACCACGUAGAUUAUGAUCACUCAUCUCACCCAAUGGGGAGAGAGAAGCAACCAAACCAUGAAGUCUCUCCUCCUGCAAUACUUGCUAACAGUGACCAUCACGGUAAUACAGACUCUAAAAUGAUUGAUCUUAACAAAACACCAUCCCGAACUCGGGGCCAGGUUUCAAAUAUGCAGGGAGCCGGUGCUAGCCAUACCACAACAGUUGUGGCUCCGGUGGGGUCUUUAACGAGGGACACCGAGAAAUAAGUUUCGUUAAGUGUGUUGUGGAUUUAUCCCUUGUUUUUUGUAUCAUUCAUUUAAGAAGGGUGUCGACGAAGUUUCUCCAACUACAGCUUGUGAGACAAUUACCUUGAUUGCAUUAUAACCUUCCACUCUUUUUAGAAAGAGUGGUUCUUUUGCUUUGCUAUGUCAGUUCUCUAGAAUUUAUUUUAAGUAUCAUGUACAGAUCCUUUUUCUUAUGUUCAGACUAGCAAUGAUUCAAGGUAACAUUAGCCAUGAUUUGUUC